AUGGAAUAUGACGUCGACACCCGGACAAAAAUUGAAUUUGCAACAAAGCAUCGUAUCGAUCUCUCAGAAAAUGAGCUGAGUGGUGAGAUACCAGUAGAGUUUGGAGGUCUUAAGGAGCUGCAAGCUCUCAAUCUUUCUCACAACAAGUUAUCAGGAGUGAUACCAAACAGCUUUACAGGUCUGAAGAAUGUAGAAAGUCUUGAUCUUUCUUUCAACAGAUUACAAGGUCAGAUCCCGCAAGAACUAACAGAGCUGAGCAGCCUCGCUGUCUUCAAGGUCUUAUACAACAACUUAUCAGGAGUCAUUCCACAGGGAAGACAAUUUAAUACAUUUGAUAAACAAAGCUACUUUGGUAAUCCUCUUCUCUGUGGACAACCAACCAAUAAAAGUUGUGACAGUAAUAACUUUCAAGAAUCAGAUAAUGGAGUGGAACCUGAUGAAUCCAUACUCGAUAUGGUUUCUUUCUACUGGAGUUUUGCUUCAGCCUACGUGACAAUACUUCUUGGGAUACUUGCAUCUCUCUCAUUUCAUUCUCCUUGGAGCAGGUUUUGGUUCUACACCGUUGAUGAUUUCAUCCACAAGGUUAAGAAUUCGUUAUGGUAA